AUGCUUGAUUUAGACAAUAUUUUAUAUGAAAAAUUAGUAGUUUUAAUGAUUUAUUUAACAUUUAUUAUAAUUCAAUCUUCGUCCGAUAUGGAGUUUUUACCAACACGUAUUGAACGUGAUACGUAUGAUGAACGAGAAAAACUUGUAUCAACUUAUAAAAUAAUAUCUAAAAGUCAAUGUUUAUUACAAAUGCGUUCAUUUGAUGGUUAUAUUCAUGCUAAACAUAUUACUAAUCUUCAUGAUACAAAAGAAACUAUUGAUGGCAUUUUUUUAUUUCUUCCUGUUGCUGUGAAUCUAUUUUUAAUUCAACAUAAAGAAAGUAAACGUUAUUUAUGUGGUCGAAAUAAUCAAUUAUUUGGUCUUAUUAAAGCAAAUGAACGUGAAUGUUUAUUUGAAGCAAAACGUUCUGAUGUUGAUUUUGGUUAUUGGGAUUCUUAUCGUUUAUUUUAUGAAAAUUCUAAUCAAGGUUAUCUAUCUAUUUCAUAUGAAUGUCAUACAAGAUUACGAAAAAAAUAUUCCAAUGAUAAAUAUUUAAAUUUCCUUGCUUUUAUUCGUAUUAAUACAGAUAUAACAAAUUCAUAUCAAAAUCAAACAUAUUUUAAAUCAUUAAAUCAUUAUAAUAAUUAUCGACAAAAAUUUAUAAAAUCUUAUACAUAUCAUAUGAAUAGAUUUAAAAGAACUCGUUAA